AUGGCCGAAGCCCGGCGUGAAGAUGAGGAAGAGGGGGAGCGCCGAGAUCUGCGGGACGUCCGGCACAGAAACCAGGCAGCAGAUCAUCCUGAAAGAACCAAGCCGGAUCAUUUACAUUCCAGCCAAGGGCCUCUGUCUUCUAUACGAGCUGUUAUCAAACGAACAAGAACAAACUCUCAGAGUGACCACACCAGAGAAAGAAGGAGACCAGAGAUCACCAUCAUCUCAGCAGAACCUCUGGCCAGUAACAGCUGGUUCUCAGGAAACCCUGUGGUUUUCCCUCAUCCUCCUCAGUCAAGCUGGACUGCAGGCAUCCAGGCUGUUCCCCAGCCCCCGCCAUCCUAUGACCAGGUGAUUCAAGAGAAGACCAAGGAAGAGCACAUUGUCAAGCCCACUGCCGCCCCCCGCCGGACCUCCUGCACCACCACAAGUGCCACGCAGACGGAACCUGUGAGGGAAGACACCAGUGCUGCUGCUCCACAUUCAGCAGGAAAAAGACCUGCAGGUAAAAAGCCACAGAAACCACCGAGGCCGUCACUGCCAAAACCAGUGGACAGAGAACCAGUCGGGACUAAUACUGCAGAAUCCACAAACACUGAGCACCAAAGUGACACCGAAUCAGAUGUAAAGCAACCCGACCAAUCAGGUCCCACUCACACCUGCAUCAGAUCUGUCACUGUGCACUGGGAUAUUCCUCUCAUUCCUCUCUCUGCCACCGCUGAAACUACUCCCUCUUCACCUGACUCAGAGCACAGUCAACGCCCAGUUCCACUUCCUCGUACCAAACCCCGAAAGCAAGCGCUCACAGAAGAGGUCAAAGUUCAGACUUUGGUCAAGCUCAGUGAACAUUGUGACAGCAUUCAGUCUGAUCCAGAAGUGGUCUCCUCCAAUAAGUAUUUAGAGGAGUUAUUGGAGGUCUUUAGUGCGGAGAACGAGUGUGAGGAGAACGGCGGCAGCGUUUACCAAUCAGACGAGGCCUUACAAGGUGAGGAUGCAGGUGGCGAAAUGAACGCCAACCACAGUCAACGCAAUAUCCAGGCCAGGAUCCAGGCCUUUGAGACCCAGGCUAGCACCGAGGAGGGAAACGCAGUUGAGCCGGUCAAACCCCAACCUAUACCCAGGAAGGCGUCCAUCAAACCUCCAGUUGCUGCAAAACCUUCUGUGGCCUUUAAACCUCAGUUAAACCACAGCGUAGAUAAUGACUAUCAAAACGCAUCAGUCACAAACAUCCCUCAAAUCCCUUCACCAGCCCCCAGACCUGUGCCCCCGAGGAAACCGGUGGAACUACCUGUAAAAGAGGAACUGGAGACUUUACUCAGCAAGACGUCUAUCCCGAUGAGAUCACGUCCUUCUGUAUUGACCAAAACCAACAGCAUCCAUGAAGAGGACACUCCACCAGUCCCUCCUACACCUCCAGUGAAGCCUUUUAAGGAAGCUCUCAAACCCAACCUUAAUAUAAACAACCACAACUCAGCCUCUAUGGUGGCAGAGAAUGUGUAUGUGGACAGUCCAACAAAUCACAUCCCGGUCAAACCUCAGCGUAAUGUGGACAGCAAUGGAGGCUCUUUCACAAAACAAAGUAUGACACGGAGACCAACCACCAUCAGGGUCCCCAGCAAAACUGGUUCCUUGUCAGAUAACUUUGAGGACAGUCCCCCUCCUCUCCCGGCUCAGAAGCCCAUUGGCUUCACCUCAGGGAACCAAAGACAGAGCCAGACGCCCACCUUCCCCCAACAGGAGUUUUCCUCGGUUGUGCCAGAGCCAUCGCUACCACCUCGGAGGCUGACUUCGAGCAAAACCCUCCCCCCUCGCCCACCUCCAGCCAAAACAGGCCCAGGAAGACCUCCCACGCCCAGCCUUCAGGCCACAGGUCGAUCCCAGUCGGUACCUUGGCAAGGUUCACCUAAACCCCAGACACAGAGGCCCCACAGGAAAGGACCUGUCUUACCUCCAAGGCCCAACCCAGGCCACCGUCUCUACAACAAAUACACCCUUCAACUUCCUCAUGGGAUUGCUUCCUUGGACUACAAUGGGAGUAGCACAGGAGAACUGUCAUUUCAGAAAAAUGACGCGCUCCUGCUGCUAGACGAGAUUGACCACAAUAUGUUUGAGUGCCAAGUUGGAGACACCAGAGGCAGAGUACACAGGUCUCACAUGAUGGUCAUAACUCCUCUUUCCUCCGUCUCACACAUGCCCCCGCCACAGGAUGCCGGUCCAGCUGGUUCAGGUGGAGCUGGUUCUGAGCUUAAGGUGCAGGCCACACAUGACUUCAAUCCAGAUGGUCCAGGAGAGCUGGGCCUGAGAGCAGGAGAUGUUGUGACCAAGGUGGAGCAGGUGGACAGUGACUGGUACAGAGGCACGUGUCGGGGAUCUACGGGUUUCUUUCCCGCCAAUUAUGUCAAAGUCCUGGCAAAUUCCCCAAAACCACUCCCUGAACGGAAAGCAAGGCCACCGUCUGUUACAGUCAGCGGCCCGAGAUGCGUGGCGAGAUUCGACUUCGAAGGGGAGAACAGCAAUGAGCUGUCGUUCUCUGAGGGGGAUGUGAUCCAGCUGAAGGCGUUUGUUGGACAGGACUGGGCUCGGGGACAGAUCGGCGCCUCGACCGGUAUCUUCCCUCUUAACUUUGUAGAGGUCAUUGAAGAUCUGCCUCCUGUUCCAACUCAGCAGAAGAGACAGUCCAUAGGGAUAGCACUGCCCGGCAUGGUUGCUUCUCCGAGCACGCAUCCUAAAGUGGCCAAACCUGCUCAGGCGUCUCCGCCCGGUGUGGAGUGGGUGGUGGCUCUGUAUGACUACGCUGGGGAUUCAGAUGGCGAUCUGUCGUUUCAGCAGGGCGACCGCAUCCUGAUCAGCCAGCAUGUUGACGCUGAGUGGAGCCACGGCCGCCUCAACGGCAGAGAAGGCUUGUUCCCCAGGGCUUUUGUUGAAAGCAGCUCAGGUCAGCAGUCUACUAACCAGCAGAGUGGAGCUGCUGCUGCUGGAAGUAGAGGCAGGGCCAUGUUCAACUUCACGUCAGACUGUGACGAGGAGCUCUCUCUGCAGGUUGGAGAUAUUAUAACUGGUCUGGAGCCCGUUGAUGAGGAAUGGUUCCUGGGUGACUUGAGAGGGAAACGGGCCCUCGUCCCUAAAAACUAUGUGCAAAUGCUGGAAUAGUGUCACGUCACACUGUUGGAUGACCAGAACUGAAAUGAGAUCAGAGGACAGAUGUUUUCAGCAGUGGAAGUCUGAAGUGAACUGUCUGGAACUGGAAUGCAGUAUUUCAUCUCUAAGUUGUGCAACAUCUUUUUUUUUUUUUCUUCAUCUGAUGCCUUAACUUAUAAUGAAGUGUUCACAAAAUCAUCUAUCAUAACAAAUAAACAAGAGUACAGCUGCUUGGCAAUGAAGAUACAGUAUUGAUUCAUAAGGUUUUGGAUUCAACUGUGCAUUUGCACCAUCUAGUGGUUACAUUAUUUUUCUCCCACCACAGCUAUUUUUUUUUUAAUAUGGUUUCUAACUGAAGAUG